CGCAAAUGGGGUCAAAUCAAAUGUUUUUCUUGCCUGUUGACAAUAUGCUUGCACAGUCUCGAUGCCUUCUCCGUGCAACGUCCGCGCUGCGUCCAUCGCUCCGCGCGGCUGCCUUUACCACGUACUCUGGAGGGCAUGCGUCUGAAGGUCAAGGCGGUUUCUACGGCUCCCUGAAGUCGCGUUCAGAAGGGUCGGCCAAAUUUACACCAGGAUACCGCGCUGAGGAACGUGACAUUCAACAGCUUCACGCACUCAUGCAGGCAGCUAACACUCCAUCGUUUGCCCAAUUGGUAGCGGACGAAAGCACUCAGCAAUUGAUCGAUCGAUUGUAUUUCAAGGGGUCGCCAGUGUGGGGUCUUUCCCUCAAGGAACGCGAGUUUGUGUCGAGCUUGCGAACGAUGCCACGACCUUGACGUUUCAGUGUACCCGACAACUCAUGGCGUUUUCACCCCGUUUGUUCAUUAUCUUUCGUCUACGUUUGCCUGAUCAACUGACGCCUCAACACGCGAGGAAUGCGGAGGCCCUCCUUGCCGGGUCCACCACCGGCCACCGUCGUCGUCCUCGUCCGUCGCGUCGUCUUGUCCCAGCUCCUCUUCCAUGAUCGGGUGCUCAUCCAGGCUAUUUUUCCGCUCCUACGAUCGUCACAACCUUG